UGGUUAAUAUAAGUGAAUGCGAAAAUCCAAAACACUAGUUAUCCUUUUCCCACCAUCACAAGAAACAGGGGCAGCAUCAAAAUUAGAAAACCCAUAAGUCAUGCAUCCUCAUAAACACAAAUAUAAAACAUAGUUCCAUGCAUGCAUACCAAAACAAACCAUCAUAAUAAUGUCUCUGAGUCCACCAAGAGAAAGAAGCAACAACAAUAACAAUGGAUUCCAACUAUACUGGUGCUUCCAGUGCAACCGCAUGGUGCGAGCCGCACACGAUAACAACCCAUCCUGUCCACGCUGCUUUGGCCAAUUCAUCCAAGAAAUCAACAUGCCAACCCCAAGACUCUUUCUCGAUUUUACCCCUAACACUAACGACCCUUCUCCACAGCCCCGUCUUCUAGAAGCUCUCUCCCUCAUGCUCGAUCCCGCCUUCCAACAACCCCGUCGCCGCCCCCGCAUCCGCAUCCGCCGCCGCCAACCUUCCGACACAUCCGACCCCCACCCUACAACUCGUCCCCGAACCUGGAUCAUCGUCCAUCCCAUCGGUGCUUCCCCCGAGGAGCUCGAAGCCAUGGUUCCGCCGCCGCGCCGCGACCGUCCGGUGGUGCCGAUCGGGGUGGACUCCAGGGACUACUUCCUUGGUCCGGGACCGAACGAACUGAUCGAGCAGAUUACCGAGAAUGAUAGGCCGGGUCCGGCGCCGGCGGCGGAGAGAGCGAUCAGAGGGAUACCGAGGGUGAAGAUAGAAGCACAGCAUCUGAAAGAGAAUUCUCAGUGUCCGGUUUGUCAGGAAGAGUUUGAGGUUGGUGAAGAAGUGAGGGAGCUUCCAUGUAAGCAUGUUUAUCACUCUGAUUGCAUUGUUCCGUGGCUGAGGCUUCAUAAUUCUUGCCCCGUUUGCCGCCAUGAGGUGCCCGAUGGUGAUGAUGAUGAUGAAUGUGUUGCUGAGGGGAGGUUUCAGAGGUGCUUGAGGUGGACGAGGGUUUCUUCUCUUUGGCCAUUUCAUCACCACCGUCGACGUGUUCAUCCUGCUGAUCAAGGACCAGGAGAGAAUAAUAACGCUACUGCUUCUCUCAGGGCACCUAAUCCAAGACGCUCUUGCACCAUUCUUUAACUAAAAGCUCAGGUGCUGAAUUCAGUUGUAAUUUAUUGGCAGCUCUGUCAUCGCAGUUUAGGCAACUUGUCAUGCUGUAAUUAAGUUGAGCAUCUUGAACUUGCACUUCAGACGAGUUAAAAUUGUCUUCCAGUUUUCACUUUUCAAUCAUGUUAAAACUGGAGUUCAUCUUCACAAUAUGCAAAGUUGGAGAACAGUGUAAGCCGUCGUGAAAAAGGGCACUUCUCCCUCAUUCCAUGGAUGUGGCAUUUGUUUGUUAUUCUUUUAGCAUAUAAAAUGUAUAUAGUUUAAUACAGUUAA